AUGAGAGCUCGUAUCCGGCCGACAAUCUUUGCUGCCGCCCUCCUCCUGUGCCUAUCCCUGUACCUCUUCCUCUAUGAGGGCGGGGUCAGUCACGCCCACCCCAAGGGCCAAGUACCAGGUUUCUUUUCCCUGGCAUCCAUCACGCAUCUCUUUGCCACGGAGCUGACGGUACCGGCCAACGUUCAGAUCCGAGGUCUACUGAACACGACGGACGGCUGCCAUCGACUGUGGCUGAAGGGAGAGUCGCUGUGGUUUGAUUUAAAGUUUAACGGGAGUCUGAGUCCGCUGUGGACACGACAUAACAAGAAGCUGUCAACGGAGGUUGCAUUAUGGUGGAAAACGUUACAGAACAGCAAGUUCACUAACAUCUCCGAGGUAAUGAGGGAGGCACUGCGUGUCAUCCCGGGGGAGGAUCCUUAUCGCAUACGGGACGUCGGGCGCUGUCUGCGCUGCGCCGUGGUCGGCAACUCAGGGAACCUCCGUGGCAGUAACUACGGCCAUCUGAUCAACUCUCACGACUUUGUCUUCAGAAUUAACAAGGCCCCUACUGUGGGCUUCAUGACUGAUGUCGGCAGCAAAGAAACGCACCAUUUCAUGUACCCAGAGAGUUUCCUGAAUCCUGGCCACGAUGUGAACUUUGUCCUGAUGGACUUUAAGCUGCUGGACAUUGCCUGGCUGACCAGUGCACUGACCAAUGGCAGCAUUAAGAGAACAUACACGGCAGUCAUGAAAAAGAUAAAUGUAACUAGAAGCAAGGUGAUGAUCUACAAUCCAGCCCUUAUGCAUCACGUUCACACUGAAUGGACACAGAAACAUGGCCGGUACCCGUCAACUGGUCACCUAGCGAUGUUCUUUGCCUUGCAGAUAUGUGACGAGGUUAACCUGUUUGGCUACGGAGCCAACAAGCUGGGAAACUGGGAUCACUACUGGAAGAAAGACGACGGAACUCACAACUCCUUCUUCAAGAAGACGGGCGUACACGACAGUAACUAUGAACAGUCUAUCAUGGACAGCCUCCAAAAAGCCGGCAAGAUCAAGAUAUAUCCGGGGGUCAGAUGAUCGGAAAAACAAAUAUUGGCAAGUGUAUCCAGCUUGUAGUCAGGAGACUUGACACAAAAACCUUCUUUAGGGGAGGAUAGAGCUAGGGUGGGGUGAGAGGAGACGGGACUCCAGACAACACAAGUGUUCAUGCAGGGAGGUUACACUGUAACUAAGGUCACAUCUGAUUUAGUUGGCUACGGCAGUCUUCUCAAAUAUCCAAGACAAGUUGCAAACAAGUUUGUCCGCAAUAGGCCCAAUCGUAUCAGGUACUAGUUGCUGGAUUCUGAACAUUUCCCCUGGAAUUUUCCUGUGUUGAAGUUAUCGACAUUGUUCACAAACACUUAACUUCAUUCCAGGAAGUUUUCAGGAAAUUUGUGUGGAAUCCUGCCGUAAUACCCAAUAGGCCUAUUGAGAAUAUACAUGUGGAUGAAAACGAAAGCCAGGGUCCAAAUUAGUCUGGCGCCUCUACUUGAUCAACCCAUUAUAGAACUUGAUGUUCCAAGGAACCUCACAGGUGCGGUUCAUAUGGGAGCUUUUCACAGGAUUUUGUUUUUUUAAUGAACAAUAUGUUCACAUCAAUUUUGUCGGGCCACCACGAAGUGACGUAUCGUCUAUGGACUUUGUACACAUGAUACGUCACUUCGAGGUUCGACCGACGAUUUGAUGUUAUUAAGUGAAAUUUUGUCCUUUUUUUGGUGGUGAGCCUGGUAGGUUUCCCAUGCUCAGUUAGUUGAUGCAGUUUUCUUUCACUGAAGUAAUUUAAGAGACAAAGAAAUUUACCAAAAUCAAAUUCUCAUAAAUAAGUAACUGUUUCCUUACCCCCAAAAAUGCUCCCUCCUAAAAAAAAAGAGAACCUCACCUGUACCCCAACAAAAUAGUGGCAGCAUGAUUCAAAGAUACACAUCGGAAUCAAAUUCAACAACGACUCUGAGAGAAAAUUGUUUUCCCUGUUAUUGAACAGCUAACAGUUUCGCCUGCCCGUGCCAAACAUUAAUCCUAGAUGCAUUCCAUUGUUAAAAGUACUGAAUUUAUACCAAAAAGAAGCAACCCAUAGGUUUGAAAUAUCGGUCACAAAUGAAGCCAAAGCUUUCAGAAAAAUAUGAACUUGUACUUUAUUCGGAAUUUCACAUUGCAGACUGUAAAUUAUUCGCAAAAGUUUUUUUGAACCUAGAAGUUCUGAGGUUAAUAUUCAUAGUGAACACCGACACACUGCUGCAGUUGGCACUUUUUCUGAGGUUCAUUUUUCUUUUGAAAAUUGCCAUUUGUUGUUCGUUUGCAAAUCUUCAAAUCCAUGGUAGAUUUGAAGUCAGAGAACAGCCAGUCCAGUAUGUCAAGGCAGAUUCUUGCCGUAAUGAACUCUGACACAGGGUCAGCUUAAUUUAAAUAUUCAUGUCCAUGCACUUGGGUACUGCAUGCCACGUCAAUGCUUACUUUGGAUCCUGACCAAUCAGACUACAGGAAAUGAAGCGUUGUCAACCAUAGCAACCAAUGACAUCUCAGAAGCUGUGAGAAUGUGAAAACACCAGAAUGUGAACAUUCUAUUGCAAUAUUUGUGUAAUGCUUUUGCAACUUGCAAAUGUUUUAUGUUCUGUUGAAACCAUUCAAAUGGAGAUACAACCAAACAAAAAAACAAAAAAAAUGUGGAGACAAUUUUUUCUUCAGUUUAUUACAAUUUGUGAUCCAUAUACCAUGUAUACAUGUACAUAUAUGUCUAAACAGUACUGUAGAAGUAAAUUGCCACUAAAGGCAACAUUUUGAAGAUGCUCAAAAAAUGUGUUAACACAGAGCUUAUUUUUCACCAUGGUGACAUCAUACUUUUCAAGUGGGCAUAAAUUUCCAAGAGAAGUUCAUGAGAAAACAGUCCUUGUCAAUAAGACGAUCUGUCUUUAAAGUAUCCCUAAAAAAAGUUAAACUCCACACGUGCUAUUGUAUGAAGCAAAAAACACAAUCUUGUGCUAAACUCAUUUUUCAAAAUUGUAAGCUUCAGUUUCUAAAGUAUUGCUCAAUUCUUGCCAUAAGCUGAAUCCAAAAUCAAAGGUUUUAUGAUUUUUUUGUGCUGCAAGAACUAAAAGUUCUUGUUGAAAGUACAGAUUGUAUGAAUAUUUCAAUUCCAGUAUUUAAGUUGUUCACUUCAUUUCAAUUUGUACAAUUGUUAAUCCUCUCCUGUGAGGCCAAGUGCUUUUCCCAGUUGACAAUUUCAGGGUAAUUAUGAUUUUAAUUGGUCAUCCGUUUGUUGGACUUCAGAUGAGUUGUGAAACUGUUCAGUAUUAAAGUUCAUGUUUUAAAGUCAUGCAGUUUAUGAACAAAAAAAAAACAUUUGAACAAAUUGCGGCUGACAUGUUUUCUAGUGCUCCAGGGUCUUUUGUUUGUACAGGGUGAAAAACAGUUAUCCGUUGUUGUAUUUUGUUUACGUUCCACCGUUAAGCAUUUAAGCCACCUCAUGUGAGAUAAUUUUGCAUUUUCCAGCUUCAAUAUAAAUUUGGACUCUAUGUACUGUAGCUCUGCUAAUUAUUUAUAAUAGGCUGUUUCUAAGAUGUGUUAGUCAGUUGACUCUGUUUCUCAUGAAGACAUUUGGUCAUUGUGAUGUUGGUGUUUUUAUGCACAUCUGCUGUGCUGAAUCCUGAGAGUUUAAUAUGCUUUUCUUUCUCUUUACAAAAUGUCAAUUAUUUCAUAAUAAUUUUCCAUGAUUUAUCAUUUUCACUGAGUUGUAAUCUCGGCAGCCAAGUUGUGGUUAAUAUUGCCUCUGCACCGAAACAGUUUGUGUCAUAUUCAGGAAUUGUUUUUAAUGCCAUAAACGCUGACAUUUUGGAAAGCAGUUAUAUCAGCCAUAACAGAACUUUGAAUGUAAAACUCGAUAAUUUUGAAACUGUUCAGGUAAAUCAGUACUGUACAGAACUGAGUGACUUGUCUUGUAGUUUUUGUCACUUACCAGAUUUAUAUGCUAAGCAGAAAUAAGCCAAGCUACCAGUCACUAAGUUGGAACAUAUUCACAUAAUGUUUUUGCUGUUAAUAAGUUUAGAAGUUCAUGUAUGAAAAACUCUUUUGUGCUCAAACAAUCUGUGUGCUGAACCAAUUUCAUGAUCUUACCAGCUUUUCCCAUACUGGUGAGAAAGUGCUUUUUUUUCCUUCUGUUUUUCACCGAAUCAUAUUUGCACUAUAAUAUUAUUGUAUAAUGUUUUCAAUGUUUAGUAUGUACAUCCCAUCCAAUUUAGGCGUUAUACAGAAGUUUAAUGUGCAAUGGAUUUAAGUUUUGAUAUUGAGAGGUUUUUUUACAGUUGAAAUUUAUUUAAUACAAUUGUAUGUACUGUAUGUAUUGUUAUGCAAAUGUAAUAUUUAAGUUUAUAGUUUGAUUUUGUUUUGAUUUUCAUUGUUAACCAACAUACUGUUUACGAUAACAGCAAUUUUGCCCCUGUAAUUGACAUACACAAUUACCGUGCCUGAAAGCAUUGUACAGGCAUGAGAUUUUUCAGACUUUCGACGGAAAUCAGACUUUUUGAAUCCGAGGAAAGACAUUAUCAGUAUGAAAAGAGCAGGCCCUUUCAUUCCACUUUCAGACUUUAUAUUAAAUUGACAAUCUCAUCCUUCAUUGUAUGGUGACCCAUACAUGCCAUCACACAUAGACUCAAUCAGGCAUGAGAAUGAAUUUCAAUGAAAAAAAAACCAGGAAACUUGUGCAAACACAGGAAAAAAGAUGUGAAAUGAGGCAAAAAAGCCCCAAACAGGCUCAAACAAAUAAUAACGCAAACAUUUGGGCAACUGCUUGGUGCCAAGGCUGAUAUGCACUGGGUUCACUGCACAAUGCAACAGAAUCCACUGUUGCAAUUUGUUGCAUUUUUUAUAGCAGGGUUCUUAUUUCAGCCAAGUUGCAUUUUGUUGCAAUUGCCAGGGUGCCCGGAGAAAACCUGUCGGGGGGGGGGGGGGGGGGGGGUUAAGGGAAGCAGUACCUUCUAGGGGAUUAAGUUUAAAACAUUUCCUCUCAUUUCUUGGAAGAUUUUUUUUGCCUCUGAAGAAGUCCUUGCUGAGGAUGAAAUAUCAGGCCAUUUCCUUGAAGUGAUUGUUAUGUGUUUUAUGUUGAACCAACUUCAUGAAAUUAAAAGUGUGCUGAUUAAUGUGCUACUAUAAGUUGCACCAAAGUAUUUGUAUAAAUAGUACUUGGAAUUAUUUAACAGUUUGUUCCAUGUGAAUUGAAAGAUUAUUUAGAUUUACAUAUGUUAUGAAUAUUAAUUUGUUGCACUAUGUAAUUAGUAUUUGAUACUGUGACUGUAAGUUUAAAGAGGAUGUUGACUGUAUGAAGCAAACUCCUAACUUUUCAAAA